CCUAUUUUCUGCAUAGAAUUAAGAGUAGGCCUGAAAAUACGUCAAAAAAAUUUACAGCGAUUGUUGCGCUAUUUAGCGGAUUUAGGCUAAAUUUCUAUUUCAGUCAUCACUAGCGUGAAAUAUUCAAAAGGCGAUCCUACACAUACACAUAGCUUAAUACAACUGAAUAAAAAAUACGGUGAAACGAAUUUGGAUUUUGUUCGUAUAAAUAGCAGCUGGUAGGAGAAUUUUUUUUCUUUCUUUAUUUUUUCUUUAUUAUUUUUUAUUCAUUUUUUUGUUCGAACAGAUCAGAAACUGGUCCAAAAAAUUAUACAGAUCUCAUAAAGAAAAAAAUCCUCUUCUUUCGGAUGAUUUGAUUUUAUCCCGGUCAAUUUGAGUCCAGUUUAUAUUUAACUCUCCGUAAUUGAAGCGCAGUUACUGUAGUUGAUGUAGCUAGCGUGACGUCCAAGCGUGACUUCCACUUGGGCUGUCUUCACCGUUCACAGCAUUCAUUAUGUCGGCGCAAAAAAGUGCAAAAGUAGACGAUUGCUGUUUGAAAACUUAGCAAUAACUAAGCGCUAAAUCGGUAUAGAAACGUUUUAGAAAUGCAUAUUAUUGCUAUUUCCUUGUGAUUGCAUAGAAAUUUGCAAGCGUCUAAAACCAGAAACCAGACAAGGGAUUCUAAUCAAACAUUCGUCUAGGAUCCACACAAAUUACAGAAGUUGCUAUAAAUAAUUCAGGAAACCAUAUUUAUAUAAUGCCUUUCAUCGAUUCAAGCUAAUUUAACUCGUUUAAAAGGGUUUUUUUUUUUAUUUUAUUUUUAUUUUUAAGUACCCCCUUGACGGUUUUUUGGUUCUGAUUCGGUUCUGAGGAAUUAGGUUCUAGGAUCACCGCGGUCAACAGCAUAGCUAGUAGCACUUCAAAAAAAUCAACAUCAUUAGUAACAAAUAAAAAAAAAAAAACAUUUUUUUACUAGGCCCCUUAUUUUCUGUCACAGUUGCAAGCCGAAAUAAUAUUGCAAGGACCAAUGUGAAUGAAAUUUCCAUUGAAGAUCCGCAUGUUAUACACUUUGUCAAACAACUAUCAAUUAUUUUAAAGAGAAAUUCUAGAAACGAUUUUUGUAGCUGUCUCCUUACUCCAAUACACAGCUGGGCACGACAAAAUCCGGAAUUUUCAGGGAAAUAAUUAGAUUCACGCUGGUUCUCAAUCCAAAUCUUAUCCAAAUCCUAAAAGCCCGCCAAGUGUAGUCCCAGCGUUCGUGAAAAAAAGUCAUAAUACAAUAAUGGCUAUUUCAAUAUCAUAUUCAUAUUAUAAGUGUCAAUUCGGUUUGACUAAUCGAAUAGGAAUCAAUUAAAAUAUGUAGGAGUGCUAAUAAGAGAAAUCGACAAAUAAUGAAAAAAUCAAGGUUACUUAGAAAGGUUAUUAGAAACCCCACAACUUGCACAUCGACAGGUGCUCUUACAACGAUGGAAAAGAGUGGGGUAUAAAACAGAAUAAACUCAUCACUCCUCGCUAUUGCUCACUGGAAAGGCGACUGCAUCUUCUUAGCGAAUGAAAGGGUGUUCUAAUAAUAGUUUUAUUUAUUUUCAAUCUUGAGUCCCAAGAUCUGACACCAAAUUUGUGCAGACAUGACAAACAACUUUUCGUGUUACCACUACUCCACAUGGGCCCAGAAAGACCCUAUAACGCAGACCGAGUUCGCCAUAAUCUCUGCGUUGAACGGGAUCACAAUUCUUCCCGCCAUCGUCCUCAAUGCAUUGGUUCUCAUCUCAAUGUGGCGGACACCAGCGCUUCAUACGCCGUCUAUGGUACUCAUGGCUAACCUUGCCCUGUCGGAUUUCGCAGUCGGGGCAAUUGCUCAGCCGAUACUGAUAGCUUAUGCAGCCUUGAAGUUUGAAGUCGAUAACUGGCCCAGAACUUUCUGCUAUGUUGCCUUGAUGUUUGGGAAUACGGGGACAGUUUUUGGCGGUGUUUCUAUGAUAAGCAUAACAGCAAUUGCCUUAGACCGAUUCCUCGCCUUGCAUUAUCAUCUUCGCUAUCCCGCGAUUGUUACCGCAAAGAAAGCUAUCGCCGUUUGCCUUGCUUUGUGGGCUUUCUCGUCUUUUCUUUUGGCCACUUGGUACAUAUUUGGAAACGGGAUUUACGUUUUCAUUGUAAACGUAUGUAUAGUAGUACUUUUUGGAAUAAGUAUUGUUAGUUAUUCCAAAAUCUACAAGGUGAUCAAAAGACAUCAGACUCAGAUUCAUGUGGUCGAGUCUAGCGUAACCGCUUGUGUAGAUACUGGGUCUAAAGCUCAUAACACUGCAAACACAAAAAGGUAUAAGAAAUCUGUGAUGAAUUCCCUGGUGGUGUACUUUGUGUUUGUAGCUUGUUCCACGCCUUUCGCUUGCGCCUUGGCAUACUGGGAGGUCACACAAAGUGGCUAUUUGUCGCCGAUACUUGUAAGGCUCUCUUCGUCGGUUGUUUUCUUUAAUUCCUGCAUUAACCCUAUUAUCUAUUGCUGGAAGAUGAGGGAGCUGCGUGAGGCAGUCUGGCAGAGUGCUUCGGGGCUUGUUGGAGUGAAGUCAAGAGCAAAUAAAGGUCCCCCAAGUACCGCAUGGAUCACCGCGAUUCGGUAAUAUAAAGAUUUAGGCAUUGCCUAAAAGCGGAGCU